CCGCGGCGCGCGCGCUGGCCGGGCAGCAUGGCGGCGGCGGCGGGCGCCCCUCCGCCGGGUUCUCCUCCGCCGCCUCCGCCGCCGCCGCCUGAGGAGUCGUCCGACAGCGAACCCGAGGCUGAGCCUGGCUCCCCACAGAAGCUUAUCCGUAAGGUGUCCACGUCGGGCCAGAUCCGACAGAAGACCAUCCUCAAAGAGGGCAUGCUGACCAAGCAGAACAACUCAUUCCAGCGAUCCAAAAGGAGGUACUUUAAACUUCGAGGACGGACACUGUACUAUGCUAAAACUGCAAAGUCAAUCAUAUUUGAUGAGGUAGACCUGACUGAUGCCAGCGUGGCAGAAUCCAGCACCAAAAAUGUCAACAACAGUUUCACGGUCAUCACUCCCUGUAGGAAGCUCAUCUUGUGUGCCGACAACAGGAAAGAAAUGGAAGACUGGAUUGCAGCACUCAAGACUGUCCAGAACAGGGAGCAUUUCGAGCCUACUCAAUACAGUAUGGACCAUUUCUCAGGGAUGCACAACUGGUACGCCUGUUCCCACGCACGGCCAACCUAUUGCAAUGUGUGUCGUGAAGUUUUGUCUGGAGUCACAUCCCAUGGGCUGUCCUGUGAAGUGUGUAAGUUUAAGGCUCACAAACGGUGUGCUGUGCGUGCAACCAGUAACUGCAAGUGGACCACAUUGGCCUCAAUCGGGAAGGAUAUCAUUGAAGAUGAGGAUGGGAUUGCCAUGCCCCACCAGUGGCUGGAAGGAAACCUGCCUGUGAGUGCCAAGUGUAUCGUGUGUGACAAGACUUGUGGCAGUGUGUUGCGCCUGCAGGACUGGCGCUGCCUCUGGUGCAAGGCCAUGGUUCACUCAUCAUGCAAAGAGUCUUUGGUGACCAAGUGUCCACUUGGCCUGUGUAAGGUGUCUGUCAUCCCUCCCACAGCACUCAACAGUAUUGACUCUGAUGGGUUCUGGAAGGCCACCUGUCCCCCAUCUUGCACAAGCCCUCUGCUGGUCUUCGUCAACUCUAAAAGUGGAGACAAUCAAGGAGUGAAGUUUCUCAGAAGAUUCAAGCAGCUGCUGAACCCUGCCCAGGUUUUUGACCUCAUGAAUGGAGGACCACACCUUGGCUUACGGUUAUUUCAGAAGUUCGACACCUUCCGGAUUCUGGUUUGUGGCGGGGAUGGCAGUGUUGGCUGGGUCCUUUCUGAAAUUGACAGUCUCAACCUUCACAAACAGUGUCAGCUAGGUGUGCUUCCCCUGGGGACAGGGAAUGACCUGGCCCGUGUUCUCGGCUGGGGCUCUGCCUGUGACGAUGACACCCAGCUCCCUCAGAUCUUGGCGAAGCUGGAGAGGGCCAGCACUAAGAUGCUGGACAGGUGGAGUGUCAUGGCAUAUGAGACCAAGCUUCCUCGGCAGGCGUCUUCCUCCACAGUCACUGAGGACUUCGGCGAGGACUCAGAGGUGCAACAAAUUCUCUUCUAUGAAGACUCGGUUGCAGCCCAUCUUUCCAAAAUCUUGACUUCAGACCAGCAUUCGGUGGUGAUCUCAUCAGCCAAAGUGCUCUGUGAGACAGUAAAGGACUUCGUAGCUCGGGUGGGCAAGGCCUAUGAGAAGACAACAGAGAGCUCGCAGGAGUCAGAGGUUAUGGCCAAGAAGUGCUCUGUCUUGAAAGAGAAGCUAGACUCCCUCCUGAAGACCUUGGAUGAUGAGUCUCAGGCUUCAUCCUCUCUGUCCAACCCACCUCCAACCAUUGCUGAGGAGGCUGAGGAUGGGGAUGGAUCAGGCAACAUCUGUAGCUCCACUGGGGACCGGCUGCUGGGCUCAGCUUGCCCCUCCAGGCCACAGAUCUUCCGGCCUCGGGAGCAGCUAAUGCUGAGAGCCAACAGCCUGAAGAAGGCAAUUCGCCAGAUCAUAGAGCACACAGAGAAAGCUGUGGAUGAGCAGAAUGCCCAGACCCAGGAGCAGCAGGGGUUUGUCCUUGGCCUCGCUGAAUCUGAGAAGAAAGACUUCAAAACUGAUAAUAGGGGGUGCCUACCAUCUGCCCACAGUGAGAGCUGUGUGGUUGCCAAGGGGAGGAGCCACCGCAAAGCAUCCAGGGCCCCUUGUGAAAAGCUAAUGAGCAAAGGUCUGUCCCUUGGCAGCUCCGCCUCACUCCCUCCCCAGACAGGAAGCAGGGAUGGUUUGCCUGCUCUGAAUACCAAGAUCCUAUAUCCAAGUGUUCGGGCAGGGAUGUCUGGCUCCUUGCCAGGGGGCUCAGUCAUCAGUCGCUUGCUAAUUAAUGCUGAUCCCUUUAAUGCUGAACCUGAAAACCUAGAGUACUACACAGAGAAGUGCGUCAUGAACAACUACUUUGGCAUUGGCUUGGAUGCGAAGAUAUCUCUGGACUUUAACAACAAGCGUGAUGAGCACCCAGAGAAAUGUAGGAGUCGGACUAAGAACAUGAUGUGGUAUGGUGUCCUUGGCACCAAAGAGCUGCUGCAUAGAACCUACAGGAACCUGGAGCAAAAGGUCCUGCUGGAGUGUGAUGGGCGCCCGAUUCCCCUCCCAAGUCUUCAGGGAAUUGCUGUCCUCAACAUUCCCAGCUAUGCCGGAGGGACCAACUUUUGGGGAGGCACCAAGGAAGAUGAUACUUUUGCAGCUCCAUCAUUUGAUGAUAAGAUUCUGGAGGUGGUCGCUGUGUUCGGCAGCAUGCAAAUGGCUGUGUCUCGUGUAAUUAAGCUACAGCAUCAUCGGAUUGCCCAGUGUCGCACAGUGAAGAUCUCCAUCCUGGGGGACGAGGGCGUGCCUGUGCAGGUGGAUGGAGAAGCCUGGAUCCAGCCACCUGGGUACAUUCGGAUUGUGCACAAGAACAGGGCACAGACGCUGACCAGAGACAGGGCCUUUGAGAACACUCUGAAGUCUUGGGAGGACAAACAGAAGUGUGAACUUCCCCGCCCACCAUCCUUUUCUCUGCACCCUGAGAUCCUGUCUGAGGAAGAAGCUACCCAGAUGGACCAGUUUGGGCAGGCAGCAGGGGGCCUCAUUCACAGCAUUCGGGAAAUAGCGCAGUCCCACAGAGACAUGGAACAGGAACUCGCACAUGCUGUCAAUGCCAGCUCCAAAGCCAUGGAACGAGUAUAUGGCAAGCCCAGAACUGCAGAGGGAUUGAACUGCAGCUUUGUUCUGGAAAUGGUGAAUAACAUCAGAGCACUGCGCAGUGAGACAGAGCUACUGCUGGCUGGGAAGAUGGCCCUGCAGUUGGAUCCCCCUCAGAAGGAACGGCUCGGGGCUGCCUUAGUCGAGAUGGACCAGCAGCUCAGGAAACUGACAGACACACCUUGGCUCUGCCAGCCCAUGGAGCCUGGUGAGGAAGAGAAUGUGAUGCUGGAUCUUUCUAAACGCAGCCGCAGUGGUAAAUUCCGCCUCGUGACCAAGUUUAAAAAGGAGAAAAAUAAUAAGAACAAAGAAGUUCACAGUAGCCUAGGAGCCCCCGUUCACCUCUGGGGGACAGAGGAGGUUGCUGCCUGGCUGGAGCACCUCAGUCUCUGUGAGUAUAAGGACAUCUUCACGCGGCACGACAUCCGGGGCUCUGAGCUCCUGCACCUGGAGCGGAGGGACCUCAAGGACCUCGGUGUGACCAAAGUGGGCCACAUGAAGAGGAUCCUUUGUGGGAUCAAGGAGCUGAGCCGGAGCUCCCCUGCCGCCGAGGCCUAGCCUCUGCAUUCUCUGCCUGCAUCCUCCGCUCCUCCCAAGACUGAAGCCCAGGGAGGACACUGCCACCACUCAGCCCCUGGCCUUUCUCAUGGUGCUAUUCCCUUUGUUAGUGACAAGAAGCCUGAUGCCCGUUGGUAACAGCUUUGGAGUCUUGAACAUACCAACACAGCUACCUUCGAGAUACCUUUCCUAGCUGCAGUUGUUUGGGGCAGACUCUCAGUCCCACUUGUGGCUCUCACUGACCUGCCUUGUGGGCCACAGGGAAUAUGGUGAAACCUGAUCUCCCAGCACCUGGCACCCCUGCAGAACCUUCUUACCUGAGCCACAUGCUCCGACUGUCCUGUGUACUCCUUUUCAGUGUCCUUUAUUGGUCACGCUGGGCAGCGCCGUCUCCACCUCUACCUGGUCUCAAAGGAGAGUGGGCCCAGCCUGAGUGGUCCUCACCAGAGUGUUCUGUGCCUGACAGCCACUCUGUGGUUCUUCACAGCAGCCCCGCAAAGGCCGCCCACCUACUACCCUUUGUUCAUGAGUUUUAAGUUUUAAAAACAAAGGUGUGCACUUUCCUGGGUUGAAAGUAACAUGGGUGUAUUUCUAGGCUUAUUAUGUAUGGGUAAAGAAAGGAAAGCCCUCCUGCUUAGGCCAGGCCUCAGGGCACUGGGCUUUCCACUGGGCUGUGAGCAUGUGGACAAUCCAUGCAUCUCCUUAGGAUGCUACAGGUGUCUGCAGUCUAGUUUGGGGCAGACAAGGAUGAGUUCAUACUAACUAGCUCAGCAUUACUGUGGAGGCCAAGCUUCCUGGGUGCUGGCUCUGUAGUGGUUUCUCAUAUGCUGUGAGGCCUGGUGUCCACCAGGAGGUGUUUGUGAGGACUAUAACCACAGCCCACAUUGCUGCUGUCCUGCUACUACCUGCUGGGCAGAAUUGGCUCUGAAACAGCAGGUGACACUGUUGGUGGCAGAAGCUCUACAAGGCCCAGACUGCACUCUGUGGGCAAUUCCCAGGUGGGGAUGCUCUUGGCCUUCAUUGCCACUGACUUACCCUUAACCCCACUUUCAGAGAUGGCAGUCCUCCACAGGGACUUGUCUAUCAGCUGGAAAGGGCUUUAGCAGGAGGGCUGCUGGGCUGUGGUCCUCACCCAGAGAGGAUAGUGCUGGGAACUCUCUGGUGCUUUCCUAUCUGACUUGAGAAGUGCUGAGCUUGGACUCUGGGUAGAGCCUGCAGCAGCCCCAGCUGAGGAGGCAGGGUUGACAUGCUGCUGCAGAUGCCAUGGGUCAUCUUCCCUUCAUCGGUAACAGACCUGAGAGCCCUGGCCAGUAGAGUGGAGUAUGGAGAGCCUACAGUGCAAUUCCUGCUGCAUUAUGCCUCAGGCCUAGAGUUUUACCAAAGCAACUGCCAGUAUCUGUGGGAUCUGUUGAAUAUCACAUGUGGGCUGGGAGAAUCUGCCCUGUGUGUAGACUUCGCUGCCUCCAUGAAAACAACCUUGAAUGGAAACAGCUGUCACUUUUCCAUCUGGGGGUUCUGUCUCUCACUGAGUCAAUUUAGACCUGCAUGUGGAGGAAGGGAUCGUCUGGCCUCAGAAGUUACAGAGCCUGUGACUGACCAACUGAAACUUAAGUGAGGAGGGAACCGAGGCAGAGAAGCAACUGAGGGUGACAAUCAAGUCCAGAGAAAGCAUUGCAUUUUGGUGAGGGGUGCUAGAAAUCAGUGAUGUCAACUACUGAAACAGCACUGUUUAUAUAGUCAGCAAGAGGUCCAGUCUGAGUGGGGACCUGCCAGAUGGCCAUGGGCCUGUCUACAAAGGGAGAGAAGAUAGGAUCCCUGAGGAAUUGGAGAAAAGGUUUUGUGCCUACAGGUGGGGCUAACCCUCAUAUUUAUAAUCUUAAUUUAUAGUGACCACCUGGAGCAGAUGCCCCUUGUAUUGUUAUGUAAAUAGUUCACAUCUGAGAGUUGUAAAUAAAUUCUUCUGUGUAUAAUAAAAACAAGCCUGGUUUUGAUCUUCCACA